AAAACGCCACCCAGCGCGCAGUCUCCCAGAUCCCAGUGGCGAACAUAUAAGCACGUGCACUCGCAGCAUCCCCUUUCACCCGUUCAGACGUCAUCGAACCGACCGGUAGUGCUUCUCACUUCUCCCCUAAGAACUAGCGACAUUCAUAGAACAGCCACAUCCUGCGAUGCCCCCGAGUAGUACCCGCCACCUGGGGCCAAGGGGUGAAGGACACUGGCCUUGAAACUUGAUUCGGGCCAUGGUUUGCAACACACAUUUGUUUUGCAUUGAUGGUUCAUCAUAUGAUAGACUAAUAUUGUCUGAUUAGAAUAAACCAGGUGGUUGGUUUGAUUGUUGUCAUUUGAGUAGAUAGACAAAUAAAAGUUAGUUGUAAACUAUUUAACGGAUGAAAAAUUAAAAUAUUUAUUAACCGUACAGUGAAGCUUUUCGGUAAUAGACAUACAUAGUUAACAGGUGUAGAUUAUCGGAAAUAAAAAUAAAAAAUUGACUGAUAUUACUUCCGUGUCUAAUGCUCAAAGGUAAGACUUUAUUCGUUUCGAGGAUUGGACAAACUAUUGUGAAUGGAAAUUUUUGAGGCAACUUGAUAUGAUUUAGAAUUUAUCGUAGAAGCAACUCGAAAAUGGCACUGGAAAUACGAAUUUAUCAACAAGGACUUUUUCUCAUACUCUUUUUUGGAUUUGUCAGAAAUGUUACCUCAACGCAACAGUCAACAGCCGUGGAGCCGACGUUUGCCGAGCCAAUACCAAAUAUUACCGUUACAGCGGGAAGAAAUGUGAGCUUACCAUGUGUUGUAGACAAUCUACAAAAUUAUAGGGUCGCUUGGAUACACAAAAACCGAUACACACUCCUUACCUUACAAAACCGAGUGAUCACCCGGAGCUCGAGGUACAAGGUAAGCCACAACAGUCACCGAACAUGGUGGCUGCACAUUACUAACGUUCAAGAACGAGAUAGGGGAGAAUACAUGUGUCAAAUCAAUACUGUGAAGAUGAUGAAGCAAGUUGGAUACCUAGAAGUCGUCGUCCCCCCUUAUCUAGACGAAGAGCUUACAAGUUCCGAUACGGAUGUACGAGAGGGUACUGACGUCAGCCUGCGAUGCGUUGCUAAAGGCUCACCGGAACCGGAUGUCACUUGGCGCAGGGAGGACGGCCAGGAAAUUUCCAUCGGCAAGAGCAAAGUGACUAAUGUCAGAGGCAGUUAUCUGAACAUCACCAAAGUGAGCCGACUUCACAUGGGUGCUUACCUCUGCAUUGCAUCCAACGGAGUCGCCCCGUCUUUGAGCAAGAGGAUUUUACUUGGAGUCAGCUUUACUCCAAUGAUAUGGAUCCCAAAUCAACUUGUUGGAGCGCCUAUUGCCACCGACAUUUUGCUCCAGUGCAACCUGGAAUCUCACCCUCGGUCAGUCACCUACUGGAUAAGAGAAGGCGGUAUAAUGGUUCUCACCAAUGUGAAAUACAAGAUUGAGGUGCAGCCAACAGUGCUUUACAAAGUACAACUGAAGUUAUACAUUCAUAACCUGGAGCCAGAGGAUUAUGGUUCAUAUACUUGCGUUGCCAAAAAUUCGCUUGGAGAGACUGAGGGUACAAUCAGACUGUAUGAAAUUCCUCCACCAUCGUCGAUUGUGAAUGCGCAAGGGGAGGAUAUUUUUCAUUCCAAGUCGGAAAAAUUGCGAAAUGGACAUCAGCAGAAUUCUUACAAGAAGCACGAAGAAAAAGACUAUUCAUCUCAAGAUCCUUCAGAUCACCAUUCAAGCUUCCAACCAAAAGAAGAAUUUUCACAAAUUUUAAAGACAAAAGAUGUUGAAAAUAAUUUAGCAAGAAGAAACACACAUUCUCGACUGCACUGUCUGUCCAGUAUGCUCUUCUUGGUGAUGCUGUAUCUUCAUCAAAAUUUUGUACUCAACAUAUCUUGACUUUGCAAAGAAUUGCCACUUUUGGGGUACAAAAAAACCCAAUGUUUGGUCGAAGAUGAGAACUGAAACAGACACGGAAUGCAUUCUUCAUGUCAUUUAGUAGCGUAAAUUAUAUGAAAACAUUUACUUUGGAUCGAAUGUAGAGAAUAAUAAAAAAAACAUUUAAAAUUUAAUUAUUAUCAUAUUUAAAAUUGUACUUAAUAGAUUGUUGAACAUCUUCGUAAAUCAUAGUUAUAAGUCAUUAUUA